UCCUGGUGGCUUUGCUGCAUGCUGAUUGGCCGGUGGUGUUCUGUGGAGUUGGCGCCAUUGCAGAGCUACGUGCUGUCUUCUCUGCGCUCUCCCGAAAAAUACUUAUUUUUGCCUGAAUUCUCUGUGUAGUUACAAAAAAAUGGCCGAUAAAGACGCUGCUUUUGAUGAUGCUGUGGAGGAAAGGGUGAUCAAUGAGGAGUACAAGAUCUGGAAGAAGAACACCCCUUUCCUCUAUGAUCUGGUCAUGACACAUGCUCUGGAGUGGCCCAGCCUGACCGCUCAGUGGCUGCCAGAUGUCACCAGACCCGAGGGAAAGGACUACAGUGUCCAUAGGCUGGUUUUGGGGACACACACUUCUGACGAGCAGAAUCACCUUGUAAUCGCCAGUGUUCAGCUUCCAAAUGAUGACGCCCAGUUUGACGCCUCACACUAUGACAGUGAAAAAGGAGAGUUUGGAGGCUUUGGUUCUGUCAGUGGAAAAAUAGAGAUUGAGAUCAAAAUCAACCAUGAAGGAGAAGUGAACAGAGCCCGUUACAUGCCCCAGAAUCCCUGUAUUAUUGCCACCAAAACCCCCACCAGUGACGUGCUGGUCUUUGAUUACACAAAACACCCCUCCAAACCUGAUCCUUCUGGAGAAUGCACCCCUGAUCUGCGUCUCAGGGGACACCAGAAGGAGGGCUACGGCCUCUCCUGGAACCCAAACCUCAGCGGAUGCCUCCUCAGUGCUUCUGAUGAUCACACUAUAUGCCUCUGGGAUAUCAGCACAGUGCCGAAGGAGGGGAAGAUCGUAGACGCCAAAACAAUCUUCACAGGCCACACUGCUGUGGUGGAGGACGUCUCCUGGCACCUGCUCCAUGAAUCCCUCUUCGGAUCUGUGGCAGAUGACCAGAAACUCAUGAUCUGGGACACGCGAUCAAACAACACAUCCAAACCAAGCCAUGCAGUGGACGCCCACACGGCUGAAGUCAACUGCCUGUCUUUCAAUCCCUACAGCGAAUUCAUUCUGGCCACUGGCUCUGCUGACAAGACUGUGGCUCUUUGGGACCUGAGGAAUCUGAAGCUGAAACUUCACUCAUUUGAAUCUCACAAGGACGAGAUCUUCCAGGUUCAGUGGUCUCCUCAUAACGAAACAAUCCUUGCCUCCAGCGGCACUGACAGGCGGCUCAACGUCUGGGACUUGAGUAAGAUCGGAGAGGAGCAGUCGCCAGAGGAUGCUGAGGAUGGUCCUCCUGAGCUGCUGUUCAUCCACGGUGGACACACAGCUAAGAUUUCAGACUUUUCCUGGAACCCCAACGAGCCGUGGGUCAUCUGUUCAGUGUCAGAGGACAACAUCAUGCAAGUGUGGCAGAUGGCUGAAAACAUCUACAACGAUGAGGACCCAGAGGGUACUGCAGAUUCAGAGGUCCAGGCAUGAGUCCAGUUGUGACGUCGCUUCUUUUGACCUGCUUGUUAACAAAUGGAUCACUUUUCUCAGAUCUGCUCACAUAAACAGUAAAACCUUUUGAAAUACGUUUUGGAGAAAAGUGUUUUAAAGAGUUUCUGCACCAUUAAUGUGUCGUGACAUAUUUCGAAUGACGCCGGUUUCAGUCUGAAGUUUUAGAUACCGUUUAGUUUUUCUAAAAUCAUCUGUGGUUCGUAAUGAAAGCAUCACAGACUCGUCUCAUUAGCUGUGCAGGAAACAUGUUCACAAUGAUCCAUUUUUAAUACAAUUGUACAUACUGUAGGUUUUCCUUUUCAUUUGCUUGAUAUUUGUAGGUGAAUUUUCCAGCUCGUGUUGUCACUUGUCUGUGUUUUUUCUUCUGCAUUUUGUUUCCCCCUGCUGCAUCUGAAGUUUUGUGUAUCUAAGUAUAUUCAUAAUAAAAAUAUUUACAGAAAAGUUGUA